AGACGUAUCCACACACAAAUGUCACGAACGAUACCCAUAUAUAUUUUCAUUUUUAUACAGAUGUCACUGGCGAGGGCCUGGAAUUCCGGGUUAUAUUCCAGAUCUACAGGUUCAACAUUUCGCACGUACAGCGGAAGCCCAGGUGGACAGUUUUUUAUUUCCGCACAACCCUAUUUGAAGGUGAUGCCAACAGUGGAAUUUUUACCUGCCUUUGGGACUAUAGAUGAUAUUACGGCGGGAUCACACGAAGUUGAUGAAAGAUGUAACAUGGACCAAGAAAUGGAUGAAAAUGAAUUUGAAAAAGAAGAGAGUAAUGUAGAAGAAUUAGUUAUUGAUCCACAAGAAGAGUUGGCAGGCAUAUAUGAGAACGGAGAUUAUAAUAUACCAAUUGAUACGAAAUCCUCUGAGAAUACGGACCCGGAAAUCUAG